GCGCGGUCACGUGACCCGCCCGGGUGACGUCGAGCGCGUCACGCAACGCCCCCCGUCGGGGGGUCAGUCAAGGUCUGCGCCUGCGCCUGCGCCGCCGCUGGACCCGCGGGCCGGCCGGCGACGGGCGUGGAGCCGGGCGCCCGCGGCGAUGGGAAAUCCAGUCAUCAGAAUUGACUCCCGAGGAGAGACCCCAACCUAGGAUCAAUGGAAGAAAUUGGAGGAGUUCCCCCACAGCUGCCGCCCGCCCAGACACCAGCGACAGACAGUGUUGCAGGUUAGAAAUUCUUCAUGAGGAAGGAAGCUCUGACGCAUCAUGAUGGAUUCGGAAGCUCACGAGAAGAGGCCGACCCUCCUGUCCUCGCCCACGCAAGAGCUGUCCCCUCACAUCGCGAGCGUCAGUGAGAUGAAGCAUUACUUGUGUGGCUACUGUGCGGCUUUCAACAACGUGGCCCUCACCUUCCCCAUCCAGAAGGUCCUCUUCCGGCAGCAGCUCUACGGCAUCAAGACCCGGGACGCGGUGCUCCAGCUGCGGAAGGAUGGGUUCCGGAACUUGUACCGCGGCAUCCUCCCGCCGCUGAUGCAGAAGACCACCACGCUGGCGCUCAUGUUCGGGCUGUACGAGGAUCUGUCCUGCCUGCUCCGCAGGCACCUCCGCUCCCCCGAGUUCGCCACCCGGAGCCUGGCGGCGGUCCUCGCGGGCACGACCGAGGCGAUUUUCACUCCGCUGGAAAGGGUCCAGACCCUGCUUCAGGACCACCGGCACCACGACAAGUUCACCAACACUUACCAGGCGUUCAAGGCGCUGAAGUGCCACGGGAUCCGAGAGUACUACCGGGGCCUGGUGCCCAUUCUCUUCCGUAACGGCUUCAGCAACGUCCUCUUCUUCGGCCUCCGCGGCCCCAUCAAGGAGCACCUGCCCGCCGCGGACACGCACAGCGCCCACCUGGUCAACGACUUCAUCUGCGGAGGCCUGCUGGGCGCCAUGCUGGGGAUCCUGUUUUUCCCGGUCAACGUGGUGAAGACGCGCAUGCAGUCUCAGAUUGGGGGGGAGUUCCAGUCUUUCCCCAAGGUGUUCCAAAAAAUCUGGCUGGAACGGGACCGGAAACUCACUAACCUCUUCAGAGGCGCCCAUCUGAAUUACCACCGCUCCCUCAUUUCCUGGGGCAUAAUUAAUGCGACUUACGAGUUCCUGUUAAAAAUUAUAUGAAAGAAAUCAGUAGCUCCCUGACAUUUUAUCAGUGCAGUAGACAGUUCUAAGGAGAAUGCAAUUUGGCUUCAUUCCUAAUUGGCAAAGUUGGUGUCUUAAGUCCAGGACACAGUGAAAUACGGGGGCACAGCUCUUUUUUUUUUUUCCUGAAGCACCAACAAGUUCAGAAUAAAAGGUUUCAGGAGGAAAUUCUAAGGGUUUUGUUGCCUUUUUUUUUUUUUUUUGGUCAGAAUUUUAACCAACUGCCUGGUUAUCAAUGUCUGUAUGACGGGCUUUGCCAAGAGACGACUGGUCCCCUGUCUCUGCUGAACUGUGUUCAGUUAGAGACCGGACUUCCAGCCCAGAGGGAGAUGCCUCAGGCUUGCUUUAACUCCUCCAGUGCUUGCGUCUGCCCCGAGGACUCGGAGGGCAGUUCCCGUUAAGCUUAUGCAUCACACAGUAGGACCGAGGAGCCGAGCACAGCAGCAAGAGCAGCUUCUUAGGGAGAAAUCACUUCUGGUAAUGAAUCGCUUGCCUUUCUUUUGCUCAGAAAGCCCCUACGGCUAGUUGGGACCCGCUCUCUCUGCGUAGAUGUGCUAGAGUCGGGCAGCGAAUGGCAUUGCCUGUCGAGUUCUGAAUGUGACCUUAAACCCUUUCGAUCCAUUUUCAUUGCCAGAACGUGGGGAGACUUGAAUUUGCAAGUGUUUUCCCCCUAGUCAGAAAUUUCCUAUAAAUUGCUUACAGGGCCCUUGGACUCCAUUUCUUUGAAUCGUUGCUGCCAAACGAGCCAAGUGCUUUGCCUGUCUCCCCUGUGAUAGCAGUUGGUCAUUUUCAGGUGUCAACUCUUGGAAAACAAGGAUAGCUUUCUCACCUGUCGGGCUGCUGGCUGUGCUUGUUUUACUCUUGGAAAUGAAUUCCUGUUGGCAGUCUUAACAUUGUGGGAAUGCCGUUUACCGCUUCAUCAUUAAAUCAAUAAACCAGUGAAGAUGCUGGAAAGGUUCAUUUUAAGUUACAGGAGUUGGUGACAGGUGGAGAGCAGACUCCCUUCUGCCGGACACCUGUUGGUGACUAAUGCUAGUGGAGUAAACCUGCCCGUCACCCUCGAGAAGCGGCUUCUGACUGUGCUGAGCUGCGCUUGUACAUACUAGACGGUGAAGAUCACAUUCCAGCAUCCGACCUGGCGGACACGUCCGGUCGCUCACGCCCAGGUUUCCGUCGUUCUGGGUAAUUGCUUGUAAACAUGUGCUCACCCUGACCAAUCAGAGUCAGGCUCUCGGUUGUUUACUCUGUUUCUGGGCCGAUAGUCUCCCCCCACCACACCUCCGAAAGAGUUACCUCUAAGAUCCCAAACAGCUGGUCAGAGCAAACGAGCAUCCUUCCGGCAGCAGCAGGCGCUCGCCAGGCAGUGAGGAAACACGAUAGCUUUACAGCAGCUGGGAGCGGCGGUUUACGCUAGGAACCUCCAUGCAGGUGCGGGGUUGUCAGAAACAAACUAACACCAAAUAAAUGUGAGUAGCAUCCUCCGGUCCAUGCCGUAGUCGGGAUUGAAGUGGGUCAAGUUCCAGCAGGGACCCGGGCACUGCGGUGCUUUCAUUCAGGCGGGUGUGUGUGUGCGUGGGUGUGUGGGCUUGGCUGUCCCUGAGUGUUCCCAGGUGUGUGUGUGUGCGUGCGUGUGUGUGUGCGUGGGCGUGUGCGAGCGCGAGCGCGAGCGCGUGCGCGCGUGACCCCCGCUCAAGCAGGUGAGUGAUGCUGGGGUCCAGGGGUGGUCUCUAGGAGCCUCCCUUUGUCUGUACACUCCAUGCUAGUGUUAGGAACCUGAUUUCUAAGGCACUUAAGUGAAAUCGAAAUGAAGUGAGGCUGACGUGGCGGGCAGUGGGGGGAAGGGUGCCUUGGUUUCUGCUAUCUCGGAUGUGUUGCUUUUUAUUUUUUUUUCUUGUAAUAAACCAAGUUUAUUUGACAUUAAGUUUCAGUCGCUACAAUCAUACUAGAGCUCUGUGAGCAUUUCUCUAGAACACUUCCUGGAGGCUAAGGUGAGGCACUCAUCAAAUAUGUUGCUUUUAAAAAUAAUAAAUGUUUUUAAUGGUUUUAACUCAGAAAUUUUGGCUUUAUUUAUCACUUUUUACAGCUUUUGAAGACCAAACCACAAAAACUUUACCAGGGAAGGUUGUCUAUUAUAGACUUUCUUCAGUUAGACAACAAAAUAAUUCAGACUGGUGGUUACAACAGCUUUGUAUGAACUUUAAAGUAGCCAAACUGUGUUCGUAAGUGACUCUAACAUGUUUUUACAACUUCAUUGUGAACUGGUGUGAUGGUAAUUUUGAAAAGUCAAGAUGAUGGGAUAAUCUUACCUGAAAAGCUUUACAAGUGGCCUUUCUGGCACAGCCGGGCACAGAGGCCGUUUUGGGUUCUACAUUUAACACAGUAGUUUGAGCCCCGGGAAUUAGCCCGAGUAAAACACAGCCUGUAUGGGGAAGCCAGUUGUCUUCAUAUUUAAUUUGUGGCUGGAGACAGUUGAUGCUUUGUCUGGAUAGGCAACACUCCCCUUCUGGUGGGAUCUUGUAGUUGGAUCUACAAGCCUCUGCUCUAGCUUACGAACCGGUGCAAUAAAAACAGUUGUGUGCGUAGUUCAGAUUUAGAGACCCGAACAUCCAAGUACGAUAGAAUUGGGACAGGCUGCAGAGAGGCAAGGGAAUAGUGGGUGGUGGACAGAAAAGGACCCUGGGUGGCUGGGGGGGAGGGGGGAGCUUUACAGGGCUGAUUGGGUUGGCCCAUGCCGCUCGGCAGAGGAAGAAUAUUGUGUGCAGGCCCUGUGGGCAUAGGGGAGGUGAGACGGGCCAUUUUAGAAGGGAGAGUAAACCCUCGGGCUUGGUUUCUUCUGAGGUACAGUCUGGUUUUGUCCUUGGGUGAAUCAGGGCACAUUGAAGACUAGAAAGGUGGUUUCCUCGCUUUUGAGGAUUUUUGGUUUUUAAUGCUCUUUAAUAAAUGCUCGCCGAAGCGGCUCUCUCUAAUUGUGUUGGUGUCGGCGUUUUCCCUUUUAAAGUUUCAUCAUCAAAAGUGGGUAAGACUACAAAAACACACAGCCUGUUUUUUUGAUAUAUUGAGUUUUGUGACUUGAGUUUUGUGACAAUGAGCUAAAUGAAAUCUGUUAUAUGUUUCAGAGUUACAUGCUUUUCUCUCUCUCUCUUUUUUUUUGGUGAUUAUGUGGAAUAAAGUUUUUUAAGUC